GUUGUCAUUCUCUUCCCCCUGAUUGAAGCCGAGUGGACAAGGGACAAUUACUGAAAAUCCUGCACCUCUCGUGCUUCCGAAUGGUUUUCUCCACGAAAUUGUCAUCGGCGUCGAGACAUUGAACUGAGCAGACCCUCCGUGGGAUCUAUGGGGAGACCGCAACGAUAGCGUCAACUGUGAUUUGAACGCCGCCGGCAACAUGGACAAGGGACCAAAUGGCACACCAGAUGCUGGCCUGAGAAGCCUUAAUCAUUAUCGGAACCAGCUCCCAUCCUGGCGGUACUGGCCACGACAGAAACUUCUCCCCUUGGUGCGAUAUGAGACGCCAUAUCUGGCCUGGUUGCAGGAGAAGGUACGGACUCCGGCCCUAGACUCCUACUUCGCAUUUACGGCCAAUCUCGGAACGCAUACAUUUUUCAUGGUUUUCUUGCCUAUACUGUUCUGGCAUGGGUAUACAAGCUUAGGGCGUGGUAUGGUAAAUCUUCUGGCCUCCGGAGUCUUCUUUAGCGGUUUUAUCAAAGACUUGCUUUGCCUCCCACGCCCACUAUCGCCCCCGCUACAGCGUAUUACCAUGUCUGGUUCUGCUGCGUUGGAGUAUGGGUUUCCCUCGACUCAUUCGACGAAUGCCGUCUCAGUCGCUGUAUACGCACUGGCUCUCCUAAACAUGCCCGAUUCGACCUUGAGCCCCGCCGUCAACGUGUUUCUACAAGGUAUAACUUACCUCUAUGUUACCUCGAUUGUGUUCGGCCGACUCUACUGCGGUAUGCACGGGUUUUUCGAUGUGAUAAUUGGCUGUUUGCUGGGAACCUUGCUUGCAGUAAUACAAUAUGCCUACGGGGCCGCCUUCGACGAGUUUGUAGUCUCGGCUUCCGGAAAACAGAUCACGCUGGUGGUAUUAGUGAUCCUAGCUCUUGUUCGUCUUCAUCCGGAGCCCGCCGAUGAUUGUCCUUGUUUCGAUGACAGUGUUGCCUUUGCGGGAGUGAUACUUGGGUUGCAAGUGGCUUAUUGGCACGUAGCGAAAACGAGCAUCACGUGGGACGACCCCGUGCCUGCUACUGUUCCGUAUAAGUUUCACGAGUUAGGGGUGUUGAAGACAGCUAUGCGCCUCAUAUUGGGAGUGGCAUUGAUUGUUGCAUGGAGAGAGGUUAUGAAGCCCUCUCUUCUCCGCCUACUCCCCCCGGUCUUUCGUGGUCUGGAAAAGUUGGGUCUGAUACUUCCUCGACGAUUCUUUACCGCAGCGUCGCAAUACAGCAAAGUUCCCACACAACUCAAGGAUCAUGAAGUGUUCCCAACCUUUUCCGAAAUCCCGUCUAUCUUCUCGAAUAUCCGCCACCCCCGACGACGAGCAAUCUCUAUCGGUCCUCAAUCGGAAGCUGAUGCCUACGAAACCCUGGCCUAUCGGGAAAAGCGCAGGCGAGAGAGCCUGUCAAAUAGCAACCGAACGUCGCCUCUCGUAGAGGAGGAUACCCAGCAGGACAUCUCCGAAGGGCAACAUCAACUAUCGCGGAAGCGCUCCAAACUCCAUGAAUAUGAAACCAUGAUGGGGACUGGUAACCCUCGAAUUGCAACUGGCGUUGAUGGUGCAGAAGCACCUCCAUUGACGGAGCCAUUCCCUGAUUUCGUUCCUGACCCCGAGCCGGACGAAGAAGAGAUGUUUGCGCGGAUUAAGAAACCUCGUGUACGAUACGAUGUGGAGGUGGUUACGAAGCUGGUGGUAUAUUCCGGUAUUGCUUGGAUUGCGAUGGAGGGGGCACCUUUUGUGUUUGACAGAGUUGGCCUUGCGCCGAUUUAAAGCCAUCUGAAAGAUAAGCUGAGAGUG